GACAAAGAAAAGUCUUCUUUUUUUUGGAUUACCCAACUGCCAAUAAAGAAAAAGACACAACAAAAUAAAUAGAUAAAAUACAUACCCAAAAUCAUGCCAAAAUCUUGGCUAUAAUGAAAUCAGUUGAAUCCUUUCACCCACACAUGCGGUUGUCACUAAUAGAGAAUGAAGCAAAAAGAAAAAAAAAAGCUAUUAAGUCACAAAAACUAAAUGGUGUAUAUGUUUAGUUUUGUAGUUGAGUUGAACUUUUGAACAUGGUUAUAAGAACCUAGUGAAAACAGAUCCAGUGGUCAUUUGAGGGGUUGCAACACUGCAUACUUCCAGGGUGGCUUCAGAGUCAAUACGAGAAUGCAAGGAUACCCUAAGGAGACCCUGACUUCCAAAACACCACUUCAGGAUUCAUUAUGCAAAUGAUUAUAAAAACGGGUCAAGUGGCAACAGCAAAAACGUUCUUGUAAACAUCAGCUCAUGUGGUCUGUAACAUUAAAAAAACAUGCAUGCUUGCUGGAAGUAAGGUAAUUUUUACAAAAGGAAAGGAACAGCCCAAAGGCUUUUCCCACUGCUGAAGUAUCUCUGGCACACAUUUAGCAGCUCAAGCUUGGGAUGGAAAAUGCUGACUUCACCCCAUAGAUCUGUUUUCCUGUUGAGCGUGGAGUUAGAUUGUUUGGUUAUCAGGGGUCUGCAACCUUCAACACUUAAAAAGCCAUUAGGAGCCACAUCUUGUCUUGUAAAAAAAUUUAGACAUGGGUUUGUUUUUAUGUUAUUGUUACUAUUAUGAUAAAUACAAAUUAACUGUUGUUUCCCCCUGGCAUAUAUAAAACAUAAACUUAAAGAGAAAACAGCCUUUCUUCAAAAAAUGAAAUAGUCUCCUCCUUUUGACGAGAGACGUGACUUCCUUUUAAAAUAAAAGCCACUUUGUGAUAUAGUGUAAUUCUGCAAUGAUUUAAGAACAAAAGAACUGUUAAUUUGACCGUUUGUGGUGCAUCUCUAGUACAAGAAAUGUGUUAUUCUAACUAACCACAAUCAGAACUAAUUAAGUGAUCCACACCAUAUUUUUCAAACCCUAAAAUAAUUGAAUUUGUUCAAAAAUAGAUGACCUGGUUUCGCCUUCAUUCUGGUUGUGCUUACUGACCUCCAGUUGAUUUUCUGUGGUACACAGUGGUCAAAAUCUGUCAUAUCUGGGUUGUAUUAAUGGAAACAACAUUCGUUCUGAAUGUAAUAAGACGUGUCCAUUUUGUGCUAAUUUUUGUAAUAAUUUGGGAAAAUAGUCAACGGCCACUUUUUUUCAAAAUAAAAGCCCUCCUGAACACGCGCAGACACUCGUCAUCAUCAUUUGCGUUUUUCUUCCUUGAGACGGUAGGCGGCGGGCUUUAAUUUUGAAAGGCGGCAGUGCGGGGUUCCGGUCGCAAGUGAGCUCAGCUGGAUCAUCAGGUGGUCGUGGAUGCGUCCACAGGUGUCGGGUUUCAGAACAGCGGUCAGCGCCGCGCCCUGUCCCCCGCGCACCAUUUCCUGCCCCCUCCCGCGGGUAAGGCCCUCCCUCCCUCGGAGCAGGGGUCAACAGCUGGCGGACUGAAGUCGCUCAUUUUAAGCUCCUGCGGGGACCGAAGCCUCCUCCUUCCUUCCUCGGGUGAGCAGCUCCUGAGAUUUCUCCCUCGGGGGGGCUGCCUGCGAGAAGCGGCUCGAUAUCAUCAUUUGUCCCCCCGCCAGAGCAGCAGGUGUAAUCGCCAAAGAAACAGCAGGCAGCAUGUUGGAUCCGUCUUCCAGCGAGGAGGAAGGGGAUGAAGUCCUCGAGGUGAAGAGCAAAGAGACGGCAAAGAACGGCGGGGCUGCGCGGUUGCCGCCGGCCCGAGGAAACGACGUUCGCGGCGGCGCGGGGGUGCAACCUCGCGGCCGCGGGGCCCCCUCCGCCCGCCCCAUAAGCCCCAGCCCGUCGGCGGGCAGCGACAAGGAGAAGGAGGACCUCGAGAAGAUGCAGAGGGAGGAAGAGGAGAGGAAGAAGAGGCUCCAGCUGUAUGUGUUUGUGAUGCGCUGCAUCGCCUAUCCCUUCAACGCCAAGCAGCCCACGGACAUGGCCAGGAGGCAGCAGAAGAUCAGUAAACUUCAGCUGCAGACUAUAAAGGACCGUUUUCAGGCCUUCCUCAGCGGAGAUACUCAGAUUGUGGCUGACGAGGCCUUCAUCAAUGCUGUCCAGAGCUAUUAUGAGAUCUUCCUGAAGAGCGACCGCGUGUGCCGGAUGGUGCAGAGCGGCGGCUGCUCGGCCAGCGACUCCCGGGAGGUGUUCAAGAAGCACAUAGAGAAGCGAGUGCGCAGUUUGCCCGAGAUUGACGGCCUCAGCAAGGAGACGGUGUUGAGCUCGUGGAUCGCCAAAUUUGACACCAUCUACCGAGGUGAAGAAGACCCCAGGAAGCUCCAGCAGAGGCUGACAGCCAGCGCCGCCUCUGAGCUCAUCCUGAGCAAGGACCAGCUGUACGAGAUGUUCCAGCAGAUCCUCGGCAUUAAGAAGUUUGAGCACCAGCUUCUGUAUAACGCCUGCCAGCUGGAUAAUCCAGAUGAGCAGGCAGCUCAGAUCCGCAGAGAGCUGGACGGCCGGCUGCAGAUGGCAGAUCAGAUCACUCGGCUCGGAGGACGGUUCCCGCGGUUUGCUUCCAGAGAGAUGGAGGCCAUGUACAUCGAGGAGCUGAGGUCCUCAGUCAACCUGCUUAUGGCCAACCUGGAGAGCAUGCCAGUGUCCAAAGGAGGAGAGUUCAAGCUGCAGAAGUUAAAACGGGGCCACAACACCUCCAUCAUGGACAUGGGUCAGGAGGACGAGAGCACCCUGUCCAAGUCUGACGUGGUGCUGUCUUUCACUCUGGAGGUGGUGAUCAUGGAGGUGCAGGGGCUUCGCUCAUUGGCUCCAAACAGGAUUGUCUACUGCACCAUGGAGGUGGAGGGGGGGCAUAAACUGCAGACAGACCAAGCUGAAGCAUCCAAACCCACUUGGGGCACCCAGGGCGACUUCACCACCACCCAGCCGUUACCUGCGGUGAAGGUGAAACUUUUCACAGAGAGCACAGGGGUUCUGGCGCUGGAGGACAAGGAGCUGGGCAGAGUCGUCCUUCAUCCGACUCCCAACAGCGCCAAACAGUGCGAGCUCCAUAAGAUGAGCGUCUCCAAAGGAUGUCCAGAUGAGCUCAAGAUCAAACUUGCCAUACGCAUGGACAAACCACAGAACAUGAAGCAUUGUGGGUACCUCUGGGCCAUCGGGAAGAACGUAUGGAAGAGAUGGAAGAGACGGUUCUUCGUGCUCGUUCAGGUGAGUCAGUACACCUUUGCCAUGUCCAGCUACAGAGAGAAAAAGGCGGAGCCUGUGGAGCUUCUUCAGCUGGAUGGUUACACCGUGGACUACACCGACCCGCAGCCAGGUCUGGAUGGCGGUCGGACCUUCUUUAACGCAGUCAAAGAGGGAGAUACUGUGAUCUUUGCCAGCGAUGACGAACAGGACCGGAUCUUGUGGGUGCAGGCCAUGUAUCGGGCCACGGGUCAGUCCCACAAGCCGGUUCCCCCCACCCAGGUCCAGAAACUCAACUCCAGAGGGGGCACAGCACCACAGCUGGAUGCGCCUAUAUCUCAGUUCUUGGGAUCAGAGGAUGCUGAUCGCGCGCAGAAGCAUGGCAUGGAUGAGUUCAUCUCAGCAAACCCCUGCAAUUUUGACCAUGCUUCACUGUUUGAGCUGCUGCAGCGCCUCACCUUGGAUCACAGGCUCAAUGACUCCUACUCCUGUCUGGGCUGGUUCAGUCCCGGUCAAGUGUUCGUCCUGGAUGAGUACUGCGCUCGCUAUGGCGUUCGAGGCUGCCAUCGCCACCUGUGCUACCUGAGCGACCUGCUGGAGCGUGCUGAGAAUGGAGCCAUGAUUGACCCCACCCUGCUUCAUUACAGCUUUGCCUUCUGUGCCUCCCACGUGCAUGGAAACAGUCAGCGCUUGUCUGAGUUGUUGAACUGGCCGGUUUCUGAGGUUGAGCUUGAGCGGGUGCUGUUGCCCUCUGAGCUGCCCGCUCAGUCUGCUAAGAGAGAGCUCAAACUCAUUUUGUUCAUGAAGAAAAGAGACUUCAGAGUCCCAGGUUUUACAGGAACCCGAAGCUGCUGUCCGUCUUUCAGGCCUGAUGGUAUCGGCACAGUGACUAUCGAGGAGAAGGAGCGCUUUGAGGAGAUCAAGGAGAGGCUGCGGGUGCUUCUGGAGAACCAGAUCACGCACUUCCGGUACUGCUUUCCGUUUGGACGGCCGGAAGGAGCUCUAAAAGCAACCCUUUCUUUGCUCGAAAGAGUUCUGAUGAAAGACAUCGUCACUCCCGUCCGACAAGACGAAGUGAAAGCUGCCAUCAGGGAGUGUCUAGAACAGGCAGCUGUGGUCAACUACCAGCGACUAUCAGAGUACGCCAAACUGGAAGGGAAAAAGAGAGAGAUGUAUGAGCAUCCUGUCUUCUGCUUGGCGUCUCAAGUGAUGGAUUUAACUAUUCAGAACGUGGGCCGGCUCGUCACACCUGCAAAAAAACUGGAGGACACCAUUCGCCUGGCAGAGCUGGUGAUUGAGGUCCUGCAGCAGAACGAGGAGCACCACGCCGAGGGAAAAGAGGCAUUUGCAUGGUGGUCAGACCUGAUGGUAGAACAUGCUGAAACCUUCCUCUGCCUGUAUUCGGCCGACAUGGAUGCCGCUCUGGAGGUGCAGCCACCUGACAGCUGGGACAGUUUCCCGCUCUUCCAGCUCCUCAAUGACUUCCUGCGGAUGGACUACAACCUGUGCAAUGGGAAGUUCCACAGACACCUGCAGGACCUGUAUGCACCACUGGUGGUGCGGUACGUGGACCUGAUGGAGUCGUCCAUCGCUCAGUCCAUCCACAGGGGCUUUGAGAGGGAAACCUGGGAACCUGUCAAUAACGGCUCUGGAACAUCGGAAGACCUGUUCUGGAAGCUGGAUGCUCUGCAGACCUUCAUCAGAGACCUUCACUGGCCUGAAGAGGAGUUUGGCAAACACCUGGAGACUCGGCUGAAGCUGAUGUCCAGCGACAUGAUCGAGUCCUGUGUGAAGCGGACCCGGACAGCGUUUGAGGCCAAGCUUCAGAGGAGCAGCCGGACCACAGACUUCCGCGUGCCUCAGUCCAUCUGCACCAUGUUCAAUGUGAUGGUGGACGCUAAGGCACAGACAGCCAAGCUGUGUACUGUAGACCUGGGGCAGGAGUUUGUUAGACAGUGGAGGCAGUACCACUCCCAGAUCGACCAUCUCAUCGAAGAAACAGUCAAGGAGAUGAUAACUCUGCUGGUUGCCAAGUUCGCUGUGAUUCUUGAGAGUGUGUUAUCCAAACUCUCCAGAUAUGAUGAAGGGACGCUCUUCUCCUCCUUCCUGUCUUUUACAGUGAAAGCUGCUUCGAAGUAUGUAGACGUACCUAAGCCAGGGAUGGACGUUGCUGACAGCUAUGUGACAUUUGUCCGUCACUCCCAGGACAUGCUGCGGGAGAAGGUCAACGAGGAGGUGUACGUAGAGAGGAUAUUUGAUCAAUGGUACACCAGCACCAUGAACCUGAUAGGAACGUGGCUCACCGACCGGAUGGACCUGCAGCUGCACGUUUAUCAGCUCAAGAUACUCAUCAGGAUCGUUAAAAAAAAGUACCGGGACUUCCGCCUGCAGGGUGUGCUGGACUCCACGCUGAACAGUAAGAUGUACGAGACGGUGAGAAACCGCCUCACCCUGGAGGAGGCCACCGCAUCAGUGAGGGAAGGAGGGAUGCAGGGCAUUUCCAUGAGGGACAGCGAUGAAGACGAUAAUGUUAACUAGAUCCAAUGGCUUGAUGAUUGUUUUUCAGGUGGUGGGGGUUAGGUUAAGUACUGCCUGAGAAUCGCGCAGCCUUUUCCUGAGCUCAGAUUGUUGUAACUGGUUUCUUCCUGCGUUUGGACUCUGUUGUACCUUCACGUUUGUGUCAGAGGUAGUAGAGACAGUGAAUUUCUUGUGUCUGUAAACCUCAGUCUGUCAAUGACGAUGACCAAGCUUCUAUGUCUACUCUCCCCGCUCUGUGGGGGGAGGCCAUGGAAACGCUGCAUUCUAGUGUGUAGCAUGUCUGAAGCUACAGAGUUCUUCCCCGGACACAAACAGCAGACUCUACUGGUAGCAAUGGGGAUGAUGAAGUGGAUGGAAGCAGAGCUGAGCGCGCCGGCAGCUCCUGUACCCGACUGACCAUGUCCCAACACACUGCUGCAAACAAAAAGCAUGUUUUCUUUGUCAACCCCUCUUGGUCUCUGAACCACACCACCACCACCACAGAGAGUCACUCACAAGGAACAUCCUGGUUUCUAAAUCUUAUAUUUACUCCCCCCCACGGAGCAUGAACUGAAAAGUUAGAAUAAACCCACAAGAAGGUUUAGAAUAAUCAGGAGAAAAAAAAUGCUUUUUUUCUGGCUGAACGUCUGAAAAUGAAGUUAAAGUUAGUCAUUCUAUAUUUCAAUAUGUUGAUUUAUGGAGCAAAUCUGUUUCUCCUCAUCUGUAAGCUCCAUACAUUCUAAGUUUGUUGUUGGAUUCUGUGAUUGAUGUGAUGCUUUAAUGUUGCACAUUAAACAGUGAAGGAAAGUUGCACUGAAGUUAAGGGUGAAAUUGUUGGGAAAUGCAUUCAUCACGUACAAAAUUACAUCGGUUAAAAACUAUAGCGUAGAAACAGAAUCUGUUUCGGAUUAAUCUACAGAAAACAAAAACAGUUGUGAAUUUUUGAGAAUUGUUAUUUUUUCUUCUCUUUUUAAUAAAUCAGUUAUCCUGAUUGUGUCAACAGAGCAGGUAAAUGGUUGUUUACCCUCUGGUUUACUAAAGAUGCCUGGAAAUGUUUUUGGAGGUCUACAUGUGAGACCACAGAGAUCUUAAGCUCACCUUUUGCAGGAUUUGGAGAAAGAAAACGGAGUGUUAUACUUUCCCUUACAUUCUUCAUUCAUACAUGUCUUUCCACAAUGAUUCAGACAUAGAAGCAUUAAAACAAGUAUCCAUCCUCCUCCAAAGAUUAGAGAGUUUUGCAGCCUCAUUGGAGGAGGACUCCUGACACGUCUGCAGCACAAAUGAAGAGCAGUUCCUUUAUUCUCAGUUAACUGUUAUGUUUCUGUAAAAUAUCCUCAGGGAAAACCAUUGUUUGUUCCAACUGUUUUAUCCCUUCAGUAUAAUUUAAGACCAGUAAACAAAAAUGUACCUGAAAGCAGAAGAAUGACAACAAAAACAAAUAAGAAUGUGAUGCAAACCAAACCAUAAAAAACACAGUUUUCAAACUUUAGUCAGAUGAACACAGAUAGAGGACAAAGGUUGCCAAGUCUGACGUUUUGCUUCAUUUUAAAAUUUUACAUUUUUCAGUCAUGUGACAAGCGCGCUGACCGGGAAGGUACACUGCAGUCUAAGGCUACGUACACACCGCCCUCACCAACGGGCGUUCAACCAGCGACUUCUAAUGAAAAGUCUAUGUAAAUGUGCAUUUUGGGAUUCCGCGUUCAAUACUCUCGCGUAUGCAAGUUUCUACGAGAUUUUUCAGGCUUUACGUACAAAAUGUGUAGCAUUGAACCUGUGUUGCCAGUUAAACCAGGUUGAACUUUGACCGGUCAAGGACUUGCAUUUGGUAGUGAUGUAUGGAUGCCAUCCCUUUAAUUCAUCGACAUGCCAACAGUUAAAAAAUCGAUCACGGAUGAGAAAAGAAUGAUUAGUGCCCAGAUGGAAUGACACCAAGCCUUUCAUAUAUCGCCUGGAGCAAGAUUUGCAACUUCUUCCAACCGUAGGUGGCAGACGUGCGCUGGUAAACAGUCAAAAAAGAAAAAGAAGGAGCCUCUCCUGCUGUCUCCAGUGUGAACAUCAUGGGCUUUGCCCGUGUCAAAUGCACAUGUGAACGUAGCUUUGGAUGGCUGCUUACACCAAACUGAUUUGGAAUUAACUGAGUCUGUCAGUUUGUUUAAAAUAAUAUUUCAGUCUCCUCUUAAAAAAUAAGAAACAGAGUUUCUUGUUCUUAUCACCCAUUCCUAGCACCUCCAAACCCAUAGAUCCGAGAGGUAAAGAGAAAAGGAAAUCCUUAUAAAUGUAUAGGUAAGAGUUUAAAUCUUUAAUAAUCCUGCAUAGUACUUUUAAGCUUUAAGGUGUGUAAAAACCCUCUGUUCUCCAGAGGGACCUCCACUUAAAAUGUGAAGCUACGCUAAAACUGGCUUUCUUCAUUUUUAGUAGCCCAGGAAAUGUUUUCUGUGAUCUGGAAGCAAAUUUAAAAGACCCACAUUUUUUAAAGGUUCUGACAGAAGUACAGAAAAGAAAAUUCUCCAAAGUAAAAAAAAAAUGUUUGCAUGAAACUAUCCAGACUUGUCUUUGUGUUGUUAUCAAGCUUGGAUGGAUGUUUAUGUAGAAAUAUGUGAGGAAGUUUUAUAAUACCCCUCCAACCGGCCUGCUCGCUCUACAGCAUCUCCAGGUCCUAUUCCGUUAAAUGUUUGUGUUUGUUUGAGUUGAGGCUCCAAUUUCAGCUGGUCCUUCUGGGUUUGUGCGUCACGGACAUGCUUGUGUGCUCUGUACCUUCUGCUUGGAUGUGAUCAUCCACAUUUGAUGGGACUUAACCCCCCACCCCACCCCCAAGAGCCUGUAGUUUCCUUUUGUCAGCUCUUUUCUAUGCUGCAGCUGUGCACGUGCUGCAUAUACCUGCUGUUCACUCCAAGUGUUUUUGCUCCGUGUGUGAAGCCACUGUUGGGUCAUCUGGGAAAACCUGCAUUUUCCAAGAAUAUUCCAAUAAAAGGUGAAUGGUG